CUCGUAGGUUUAUUUUCCGAAAGGAAAGAUAAAAUUCUUUGCCAUUGUUGUCACUCGGCAGUGGGCAUCAAAAUAAUAUAUUUGAGAGAAUAUGGAUUUUAAAACAUGGCAUAGCAAUAACGGGAGAUGCAAGGACGACGUGCCGUGCCAAGGCCCCAUCGUCAGCCGCCGGCUGUCCCCUCGCGGUCCAUACGUGGCUCGAAAUUUCCACAUCGAAUCGAGGAACCGGUCGAUGUCAACCUAACUCCCUCACUUGACUCUCACGCACCCGCAACCUCGCCGACGCCGAGUAAACCAGCAGUCCAGCACAACCCCCAUGGUCUCUCCCUCCGCUUCCCAUUCACACCACGCGCGCGAUGGCUCCUCUGCUCCUCCACCUCCUGCUCCCCGCCCUGCUCCUCCUCCUCGCCGUAGCCGACGCCCUCCCUCCUUCGUGCAGCGAGGUCGUCACCUGCGCCGGCCUGGUCGUCCAGUACCCGUUCAGGCUCGACUCCUCCGCGUCCCGCUGCGGCUACCCCGGGCUCGACCUUGUCUGCGAGCGCAACGCCACGCUGAUCCUCCCCGUCAAGUCCCACCGGUACCGAGUGUUCAGCAUCAACUACACGGCGCACACCGUCGUCGUCUCCGACGCCGCCGUCGUCGACGAGUACGCCGUCGUCGGCUGCCCGCGCCUCCGUGUGAACCUCACCAUCGACUACGCGAGCUCCUGGCUGCAGCUCACGCAGUCCGACUCCAACGUCACCUUCUUCUACAACUGCAAGAAGAACAUUUCCCGGUCAUCCGCCGUGGAGCUGACCGGGUGCCGGCAGGACGGCAAGAGGUCGUACGCGCUGCCGGACGGUUGGAUCACGGGAGCCGAGGCGUACGAGUACGAGUGCGAGGAGGUGGUGGUGGCGCCGGUGUUCGAUGUGCACAAGAAGGCAAUUGCGGGUGCGCCUGGUCCGCCUCCGGGGAACGGAUCGUUCGGUUUCCGUGAGCUGCUGCAGGGUGGGUUCGAGCUGAACUACGACACCCACUCCCAGCUGUGCGACGGGUGCGAGCGCUCCGGCGGAUGGUGCGGCUACCGGCACAACCAAACCAACGGCGGCAUGAACUUCACCUGCUUCUGCGACGGCGGCCCGGCCACGGCGCGUUGCGUAUUUUGUCGGGCAAACCAACUUGUACUUGCGGACUCGGUCAAGUCAAACGUGCGCGCCGUUGGAAGGUGAAAGCAGCAGGAACAGAGGCUAGGAGAUGCAAUUUUAGAGGGAAAAGUACACUUUACACUCUCGAACUAUCGUAAAAGUUUGAUUUUCAACUUUCAACUGCAAAACCAGACAAAGAUCAUCCAAUUGUCGAAAUCGGACAAUCCAACAAAAGCCAUCCAACAUGGAGCCAAUAGAUAGGUUACAUUUCUAGAAAACUUUUGAUACCCAUUUCAUAUUUUUUUGAUUUAAAAUAAAUUACUUAUAAUUUUUUAGUUUAAAUUUGAAUAUUAUUUUUAGUUCAAAUUUUUCCGAUUUCGACAACUGAAUGGCCUUUGUUGUCCGAUCUUGUAUAGUUGAAGGUUGAAAUUGAACUUUAAGAUAUAGUUCGAGAAUGUAAACUGAUUUAUUUUUCCAAAUUCAGAAAGCAGGAGAGAAAAGAGAACUGAAGCAGCAGAAAGGCGGCAUGCAACCGGAUCGCGUGGUCUGAUCACUGGCGAUCCCAGAAGUGAGGGAGUGAAACCGAAGGAUCAACUGUGAAUAGCUUUUUACUUAAAUACUCUAGAAGAUAUUUGGGUUAUAUGUUCCUACGUGGUCAGCAACUACAGUACACUAAACAGCAGGGACCCAGUCCGCGCUGUUUUAUAAACCACUGAAAUCAAAGUGAACUUUUCUUCAAAGAAAAAAAAAGAAAUCAAAGUGAACAUAAAUCAUGCUUUCACUUUCUCGCAAAGGAAAAUAAAACGCAAGCAUACUUUCCCUACCGGCUCCAACCCCGGAAACACGUCUUUGGAUAGACCAAAAGGUUCAAAACGCAGCAACUUUGUAUGAUGGUCUCUGCUCUGUCGACCAGUUUUCCGUCUCACUCCUUUUUUUUUUGAAAAAUAGGCCAGUUUUUGCUGUCACUCCAGCAAAGAGCCUGCAGGAACGAAACCAUCACGUGUUCCAGACGUGCAAGAAAGAAAAAAUCGUCUGUUUGCUAGAGCCACCCAAUGCUAACUCUCCACUCGACGACGCAAACCAGGUCUCGGGGCGUUCAGUAUCCGCCUAUCCGGGUUCUUGUUCCACACUGAAAAGCAGGGACGGUACGGUCCUCUGCUCUACGAAAUGGUAUGGAGCACGGCAGGGGGGCGAGGCAGAUUUGGACAGAAGAAGAGAAGGGGGGCGAAAGGCUGUAAACCAUCCUUGUCGACUGAUGAAGACAUGAACCGGAAUUUUUCAUUUUUAUAUCUAUCUUGGCACUAGUUCUGCAGGCAAACCCAGGUACCCAACGAAUUUUAGACUAGGCCAUCAGGCCAACCUUUCGCCAUUAUCUCCAGGCACGCAGCAAUGAAGAGGAGCAGUGAACUGAAGGACGCGCGCACAACGGCGACAGGGCACAAGGACAA